GUGGUGGAAAAAACACGAAGGAGACGCUCGACGCCGUUGGCACGCUCACUAGGUUCGUGACACGGGUUCGCAAAGAGCGCAGCACCGGAACAUCCACCAAAGCACGGAUCAUUGACGCCAUCAUCAUUAUCAUCGUCAUCAGACUUUGUAUAUACAGGCAACUACGUGUGCGGUUAGUGCGUUGGUAUAUGCGCGCGCGCGCGAGCCGUAAAUAAAGGUCGAUGACGAUGCAACGGGUUCAAGAUCAGGACAAUGGGAUUAACAUUAAGUUCGGGCCGGGCAAGCCGGGGAAAGGAAACUACAAGCUGGUGUCACAAAAUUCUGAUAACAACAAAGACCGGUUCAAAGGGACCAAUGAACUAGAGAAAGAUGAAAAAAUAGAGGAGAAAUUAGUCCCACCGGAUGGAGGCUGGGGAUGGUUGGUGCUUCUGGCCUCCGUUAUGGUUAACCUUCUUAUUCCUGGCACCAUUAAGUCCUUCGGAGUAUUGUUUGUGGAAUUUCUUGAUGUAUUCGACGCGUCACCGGCAGCAGCUGCAUGGAUACCAUCGCUCUGUUACUUCUUGUACAGCUCACUAGGUCCAUUGUCUAGUAUACUUUCAGUCAAGUAUUCCUAUCGUACAGUAACUUUAAUAGGAGGAACAUUUGCUGCAAUGGGAAUGAUAUUGAGCUAUUUCGCCAGCUCUGUGGCCUUUUUAUGUGUUAGUUAUGGUGUAUUAGUAGGUACGGGAGCAGGAUUAGCGUUUCCUCCAACUGUAUAUAUCGUGACGUCUUAUUUUGUACGGUUACGAGGUCUCGCCAACGGGCUCUGUAUAUCCGGUAGCGCUCUUGGCUCAAUAUUUCUUCCGCCUAUUUUGGGCUUCCUUUUACGAGAAUAUGGGUAUAGAGGUGCAGUUUUAAUAAUGGGCGCUGUUACAUUAAACGUCUGGGCGAGCGCGCUUCUAUAUCAUCCAGUGGAAUGGCAUAUGGUGCCAGCUGGUCCUUUAGAUGAUAGCGAGGAGCGCGAUAAUGCAGACACCGUAUCGAUGACUGUGACAAGCAGUCCCGAACAACCAGCCAAUGAGAAGGAGAAUAGCCAGUUGACAAUAGCAAACAACUCGACAAGCGAGAAAGCCGCACCAAUCGUUCCUAAGAGCGCGUCGAGUGUCGCCCUGGAAUAUUAUAAGCAAAAUACACCACUGCAGGGCCGCACGCGCAAGAUCAGCGUGCCGACUGGACGCGAGAUUAGCGGUCAGAUGCAUAGCACGCCAACAUUGCAUGCCGUACCGGAGCGCGGCGGUGCCGUGGCCGAUUUCGGCAAAUAUCCCAAAGUAACGAGGUCGCCGCUACGUUCGCCCAGCACGUCCUCCUUCAAUUAUGUUAGCACGCCAUACCACGGUAGCACGCUGUCAGCGCUGCAUCCGGAACGCGCAUCCACACUGACGCUGAACGCAAUCUCCAGUACGUUUUCGAGGAAAUCAACGACAGCAGCGCGAAAGGGAGAACCCGAAGAAGAUGAGAAAGGUCAAGAGAACAAGUUUUUCGACUUCAGCUUGCUCAAAGAUCCCAUCUAUCUCGUAAUCCUAAUCUCCAACUCUACCAACGCCGUAAGUUACACCAACUUCGUUAUCCUGUUACCGGCCUAUGCCAUCUCUUUGGGCUUCGACAACUGGGAUGCGUCGCUGUUGUUGUCGAUCGUUUCUAUGCUUGACCUAGUGGGCCGUAUUGGCGGCUCUGCCCUCUCCGAUAUCAAGAUUAUGCCUAAGCACUGGUACUUUAUCGGUGGUCUACUCGCCUCCGGGAUCUCUUUGACUAUUUUGCCAUCGUCUAACACGUACACUACGUUGUCCGUGUAUUGCGCCUUCUUUGGACUCGCAUCUGGCAUUUAUGUCGGUAUAACCGCUGUCAUUAUGGCCGAUAUGCUAGGUACAGAGAAGCUUACCUCGUCCUAUGGCAUCUCGUUGUUCGUCAACGGCGUCAUUCAGUUAGUCGGGCCGCCCAUAUGCGGUAUAGUGUUUGAACAAAUCGGUAGUUAUGGACCGAUUUUCAGUAUACUUGGCAUCAUCUUGAUAAUUGGUGCGUCCCUUUGGAGCUUUGUACCGUGUAUUCGGAAGCGACAAGCAGCACUGCAGAAAGCCAGCAAAAUAGAUAAAGUAUAGUAGGACUAAAUAAACAAAAUAAACUAUGAAAGUCUAUCUAUUACUCAUAUCUGAACAUUUUUCGUAAUUUUUCAAAUUUGAAUUUGAAUUUUUCAAUUUUUUAUAUAAGCCUGUUGAUAGAUUAUCAGGUUUUUGCUUUUUAAUUUCAGCUAUUUUGUUCUUGAUUAGUUCGAGUUUAUUAUCAGAGAAGGGAAAGUUUCUCGUGCAGAUAUUGAGGAAAGAUGUCUCUUUUUUUCAUCUGACACAAUGUAUAAAUGUUUAAUGAAAUGAGCAAACAUUUGUUAUGUUCAUUAAUAAUGAAAAUAUUUAGGUUGAUUAUGACGAGUAGACACAUAGCAAUUAAACAAGUUGUGCAUGAUUCAAUACUUCGUGGAGCACAUAUGAGCUUAAUUGUAUGGUCACUUGACCUACGUGGCCAACACAUAUGCGCGUCCGUGUGUGCGUGUAAAAUAGAGACAAAGAGAGAAUGAAGAUAAUAGUGUCCGAACAUAAACUGUGAUGAGGUAUAUGUAUGUACUGUGAGUGUGAAUAUUCAAGUUAUAUAAGAGUCUCCAGAUUAAACAAUUUAUGCAACAUGAUGCAAAUAAGUUUUUCAAUAUGAUUUAGAAAUUUAUUUUGAAAAUCAUUCAGUUCUUUGCUUUUGAAUUGUUUAUAAUCAAAAUUAUUGUCUGAUUAUUAGCAAUUAUUAAUUAUGGCAAUAUUAUAAUAUAAAAUUUUAUUGCAUUAAAUAUUAUUCCCAAAUCCCAAAUAAUUGAUGAUAUGAACAAUUAAUUCAUGAAAAUUGCAUUGAUUUCUAGAUAUUAUUUUAUUAUUUGGAAUUAAUUUACUUUUUACUAAUAAAUUGAGAAAAACAAUACCGAUAUUGGUUUAUCGAUAAUUUUGCUUAAUAUGUGCACAGAGUGAGGUAUAAUUUUUUUCUGUUUUGUGAUAUAAAACGGAUUGUCUAUGUUUACAUUAACAUAACUAUAAAAUAAAACUGUCGCUUUUUAUCGUGUUCACAUAUUAUUUUUAAACUUGUGAAGACAAUUGAGUGACAUUUUUAGUAUUUUAUUAUAACAUUAAUAUAUAUUUUAAUAUAUUAAAAGUAAAUUUUAUGACAAGGGUGCAGAAAUAUAAUAAACUGCAUUUUAAAUAAAUUUAUACUUACAAUAAUAAAAUGUUAAAAGUACUUAAAGUAAAGAAUAUCUAAGAUAGUAAACCUAAGAAAAGUGCACAGAUAUACUUAAAGUUUAUUUUGGAUUUUUAAAGAUAGAAGAAAUAGCAGAAAGAAACAGCAUUGUUUUAUUAUCUUAUGGAGACUGUGUAAAACACGCAAGUGGCGAUCUGUUUUAAAUUACAUAGAAUCUAACUUUAAUCACCAAACUCGACUUCGCUCUGCGCCAAAUGUUAGACUUCGAUUUAAUCAUGUUAACCGCUAGGUGGAUGCCAUUAUACUGACGAUAUCGCACAAUGUAGUUUUCGCACAUUUUAGUCCAUCUUUGACUACAAAGCGAAUUAUUUAGAUAAUUUUUGAGAGAACAGUUCUUAAGAAACAGUACUUAGAAACUUAGAAGAAGAGUACUUAGAAAAAUGUGAAAAACAUAUAUCUGUUGCCUUAUAUCCAAAGAAAAAGAUUAUCUUUCCUUCGAAAGUAUAAAUUUUUUAUCGGCACAGAGAAAUAUAAUUUAGUUUUAUUCGAAUACUUAGCGGUCAUAAUUGGUGCAUGCUAAUUGCAUUGAGCACCGCAUCGAAAAAACCGCGUUUAUUUAGCGCAAAUAUUAAUUUCGUCUUUAAGAAGUCUAGGAUAAGAUAAAUCGCUAUGCAUUGCAGGCAUAAUGUUUCUUUGCAAAGACUCCAUUGCACGUAAAAAUGCGAUAGUAAUAUUAGAAUCGCAAAUGAGUCCUACUUACGAAAACCUAGUUAUCAAGCGAUAGUAAAAGUCGCUUUCUGAUAGAGGCUGCCCUCUUUUUUUCUCUAAAUUAAGAAUAAGACAAUUAAAGAUAUUUACGAACAAUAUAUAAGACUUGUAGCCGUAUAAACGAAAUAUAUCCGGCGAGUAGUAAACUAUAGCCAUCCUAGAGUUAAUACCGUUCUCCUGGCGUAGGAAGAUGUGAUCGAUUCAAAUUUUGCAGACACUUCGCAAUUCGCCAGAAACAAUGCCUUAUAAAUAGAUUGUAAGCAAUUUAUAAGUAUAAUACAUAUUAUGUUUAUAACUCUAUACAAAUACACAAAAUAAAAAAAAAGAUACUUGAAAAAAA